CUCCUCCCCCUCACCGGUCCGACUGUAUUCCCUGGAAGAGCAGCUGGAAAAGCCUCCGCCUGCUCAAAGUGGGGUUGGAGAACAGCUGGUCUCUCCUCACAGCUCCUGGAGCUGCAGACACCGCUGCGGCGGCUGACACUGCCCAGGCCGGCAGCGGGCGGGCACGGUUUCAGCACCGUGGACAGCGCCCGCCCGCGGCCCUCCCGCCCGCGGCGCGCUCGAGCAGGUGCAGGCGGCGAGCUAUGCCCGCGGCAUGGCCCGGCGGUCGGGCCCCAUGGCGCUGCUCCUCAGCUUGGGCCUCCUCGGGCUAUGCUCAGUGGUGUGGGGUACAGAUACAGAGGAGCGGCUGGUGGAGCAUCUCCUGGAUCCUUCCCGCUACAAUAAGCUCAUCCGCCCAGCUACCAAUGGCUCUGAGCUGGUGACAGUACAGCUUAUGGUUUCACUGGCCCAGCUCAUCAGUGUGCAUGAGCGGGAGCAGAUCAUGACCACCAACGUCUGGCUGACCCAGGAGUGGGAGGAUUACCGCCUUGCUUGGAAGCCUGAGGAGUUUGACAAUAUGAAGAAAGUUCGGCUCCCUUCCAAACACAUCUGGCUCCCAGAUGUAGUCCUGUAUAACAAUGCUGAUGGCAUGUAUGAGGUGUCCUUCUACUCCAAUGCCGUGGUCUCCUAUGACGGCAGCAUCUUCUGGCUGCCCCCGGCCAUCUACAAGAGCGCGUGCAAGAUCGAAGUAAAGCACUUCCCGUUUGACCAGCAGAACUGCACCAUGAAGUUCCGCUCAUGGACAUAUGACCGCACCGAGAUUGACCUGGUACUCAAAAGCGAGGUGGCCAGCCUGGAUGACUUCACCCCCAGCGGUGAGUGGGACAUCGUGGCCCUGCCCGGCCGGCGCAAUGAGAACCCUGACGACUCCACUUAUGUGGACAUCACGUAUGACUUCAUCAUCCGCCGCAAGCCACUCUUCUACACCAUCAACCUCAUCAUCCCCUGCGUGCUCAUCACCUCCCUGGCCAUCCUGGUCUUCUACCUGCCAUCGGACUGCGGUGAGAAGAUGACGCUGUGCAUCUCAGUGCUGCUGGCGCUCACUGUCUUCCUGCUGCUCAUCUCCAAGAUUGUGCCGCCCACCUCACUGGACGUGCCACUUGUUGGCAAGUACCUCAUGUUCACCAUGGUGCUCGUCACCUUCUCCAUAGUCACCAGCGUGUGCGUACUGAAUGUGCACCACCGCUCGCCCACCACUCACACCAUGGCGCCCUGGGUGAAGGUCCUCUUCCUGGAGAAGCUGCCCGCGCUACUCUUCAUGCAGCAGCCACGUCCCCGCUGCGCCCGGCAGCGUCUGCGCCUGCGGCGCCGCCAGCGCGAGCGUGAGGGAGCGGGUGCCCUGCUCUUCCGCGAGGCCCCCGGGGCCGACUCCUGCACAUGCUUUGUCAACCGUGCCACGGUCCAGGGCUUGGCUGGGGCCUUCGGAGCUGAGCCUGGGUCGACGUCUGGCCCAGGACACUGUGGUGGCCUGUGUGGCUGUGGCCUCAAGGAGGCAGUGGAUGGUGUGCGCUUCAUUGCGGACCACGUGCGGGGCGAGGACGAGGAUCAGAGCGUCAGUGAGGACUGGAAGUACGUCGCCAUGGUGAUCGACCGCCUGUUCCUCUGGAUCUUCGUCUUUGUCUGUGUCUUCGGCACCAUUGGCAUGUUCUUGCAGCCCCUCUUCCAGAACUACAGCACCAGCACCUCCCUGCACCCGGACCGCUUGGCUCCCAGCUCCAAGUGAGACUGUCCUCACACCCAUACCCCUGUAUCCCUUUGCCCUGCCAUACAAUAGUGUAGGCUAGAGGAUGGAUGAGUGUGCU